AUGCCAGGAUGGCAGCUAUAUGAACAGUCACUGAACUUUGCCUUUCUAGAUUUGAGUUCCUUCGGAUAUCAACAAUUUGAACGUCUGGGCAGGGCACAGCCUUUGUCAGACUCGCCACAUCUCUGCUCCCUUCGUUCCGGUACAGGUCGUAACCCUGUUCCCGAUAACGAACCCGCACAAACUCCAUCUCGCGUCUUGCCGUCCCGCAAAGCGAAAGGUACUCCGUCCAAAACCAAGUCGUCUCGUCUUGUCGAAGCUUCCGACCAUGUUUCCCUUAAAUCCCAUCCGGGUCUUAAGGCGUCCGUUUCGUCCCUCAAAGACGUUAAAGAUGAUAUCAAACCGCUCCGUGCAGCAGGUGCCGCCGUCGCGUCCGUCUAUCCGAGAGUCGUCGAUCGUGUUUCCGAACUCGAGGAGGUCGAUGAUGAUGAAGAAGAGGAGUCGUCAGAGUCGAAUUACAGUUGCAAACGGUCCAUCAUUGCCAGCAAAGGUGGAUGUGAGCGCGAAAUGGCCUGUGCCGAAGACCGUACACGAACACCAACAGUUCUUGGGCCUUGCCGCGUUUUAUCGGCGGUUCAUAAAGAACUUUGCGAGGAGCGGUUCCAAGCCCUGCGCCGACGAGCAGUAAGAACUCCUGGAGCACAUGGAAGAGGUGCUCGCGCCAAUGAAAGCCGAUGGGCGCUGAGAAGGGCCGCGUCGCCAAAGCUGCCGGUGGCGGAUGCGGGAGUGGCCGAAUUCGUCUUCGGUGCCGUCUCCCCUAUGAAAAUUCGUCGUUAA